CGGCAGGAUUCUGGUUGGCACCAUCACGACAGCAAACGCGGCUUUAUGAAGUGUAGAACCAUUAACGACUUGUUAAAUUUAUUAAAACAUCAUCAGCUGCCCUCGAAGGUAGUGCGAUCGCGAUACGUCACGAUACGCGCCAGAAUAGUUUCCGGUCGAUUAUAGGAGAAUCUACAUUUACGUUUGAACGAACGAGCUGUGCACAGAUACCGUCAUCGUGAAUUUUACGUGGUUACCAUUCGUCGCUAUCACUACAACAGCAGACAACAUUUUUGGGUGUGCUGAAGAGCAUUUAAAGAGCAUCUUUAUACACAUUUAUUGAUACAUCUGAAGUUGCGUACUAGUUGGUUUUAGCACUCGAAGAUGAUACGAUCGCUAUUGGAAGUCUCAUUAGUGCUAUUUGCUGUUACGGUCGGCGUGGUGUUCGCUUCCGGUCGGCUUUUGGAUCAAAUCAAAUCGCGUCGGGACGAACGAAUUCUACGUCGGCAUCGGGAACUGGUCUUGCUGUCAUCCGGACCGGCAGGGAAUAACAUUACCUACGGCGCACACCCCGCCGGGUUGUCUCACGAGGAUUACUCCGACAUCGAAAUAAGUGAAAGUGAUUUAACGCAGGCUGCCUUGGGCCAGUAUCGGACGACGAAUCGGCGAACGAUAUUCGAGCAGAAUGUGAUUUUUCGGUUUUAUAAUGGGGGAAAUCUAACUAAAACCACAACCAUCAUGAAACAACCGUUACUUGCUCGAACCACGUGCUCCACGACACAGAAAUUCGCGAUCAUCGUUCACGGUUGGCGCGAGAAUUGCUACGAUACAUUUUGGGUCAAGGAUCUGGAGGUAAAUCUCAACACCUACCGGGGCGGUUGCAUCAUCUGCAUGGACUAUUCGACAUUCGCCAGCAACAAGUAUCCCUAUUUGUUCCGAAGAUUCAACGAUCUUAGUGCGGUGUUGCUGAAGUUUCUCCGAACGCUACAGUACGAAGGAAUGCUGUUCGAAAAUCUUUACAUGUUCGGUUUCAGCUUUGGUGGUCAGUUGGUGCUGGAUGCUGGCAACCAGAUCGGAUAUAAUGCGAUACAAGCAAUCGAUUCCUGUGACAUGGCGGGUGUUGGAUUUGAUCAGGAUCACUUUUUCCGACGAAUUGAUUUUCGAAGCGCUGCCAAGAACGUGCAGUGUAUUCAUACUAGCACAGACAAAGGUACCCGGUUGAUGAAUAAGUGUCACCAAAACUGGCGUAUGGGACAGUGUGGAUUUCGGCAACCGGCUGCCGGGAAACCUCCAUUGGGAUCGCAUGGUUUGUGUCCCGUGUUUUACAAUUUGGCAUUUAGGGUAAAAUUUUUAGCUGAAAAAAAACCAACCGAUUGCGACAUGGAACGAGAUUCAGCUGCUCAGUACCCAACCGGUUUUCGAAUGGGAUAUUUAGAGCGAAGGAAAGGACAAGUAAGAGGAGAACUCUACUCUCAGACCACGAAUCGUUACCCUUUUUCGGUGAUCAGCGACUGAUAACCAACAACUAAAUAUGAAGACGAAUAAUGCAUUCAGUGGAAAUGCUCACCUCCGUCGUCAUGGGACGCGCUCAGAGAAGAUAUAAACCGGACUGCAACACUUUUGGCAAUCAUUAUGAGCGACUGUAAUUCACUUUGAGACAUUUGUAUACUUUGGACAAGUUUGCAUGAGCUUUUCGAUAACUUUUAGGUGAGGUGAAAGCCCUAUGGCAGUAGGCACAAUUGAAAGUACUUUAAUGAUAUUCAAAAAAUCACAAAAUCGCUCGCCUCCGACUUGAAUUGGUACAAUUUGAUUUAUCCUAUAUAUGAAAUUGAAAGAUCAGGUAAACACGUGUUAUGCUGAAUUGAAUAACAAUGUAUAAAUCGAAUAAGUUACUUUUUAUUUUCAUUUUGACGAUUUAUGAAACACAUUAGAAAAAAAAAUUAUAUCUGUUGCAGAAAAAGAGGAAGAAUAUUUGUAAGAAUUUGUUUAUAAGUUCUAAUACGAAGUUUUAGUGAGGGGUGCAUUAAUUUUAAUUUAUCGUAUUUAUAGUGUAAAGCUUGCUUCAGAUAGAAUUGGAACAAAGACAA